UCUCCAAGUCUUGGAAUCUUUCCAUUAUUAGUUGGCAACGGUCAGCAGACACACCCAUUAAACCAGUCAGGGAAAAUAUUUUCUCCAAUAAAUAUCACACCUAAUUGAAGCCCAUAUCGUUUUCCCAUGGAUCUGGAUAAGAUUCACGACCAAGGCUCAGCCUGACUUUUCAAACCACCCAAUCUGCUCAAAUAAAUGCAGUUCCAUUGCAUUUAUUGCAGUAGUAUGACUCCAGAAACCUUUCUCAAAGCACAAUUUUAACAGUAUUGUAGCAAAGUUUAAUGGAAUGAACAAUUCUAAGACUGCAAGCUUUGCAAACUUUUAUCUACAGCAGGGUCUAUAAAGGAAGAACUAGCUAGAAAGAGAGACAGACAGAAUCUGAAGAGAGAAUGUUACUCAACCAGAAGCAUAUACUUCUCUUUAUUUUAUUUCUUCUGCCAUCAAGUAAUGCAUUUGACUGUGAUGAGUAUACUGAUUGCCAGACGCUUCUUCAAUUCAAGAAAGGCAUAAUAAGUGAUCCCUUUGGUCAUCUCCAAGCUUGGAACACGGCCAAUCCCUUCUGCAACUGGACUGGAGUUACAUGCCACCGGUAUCUUCAAAAUCGGGUUAUAGCUCUUGAACUAAUAGACAUGCACUUGCAAGGAACUAUGUCACCAUUCUUGUCCAAUCUUUCUCUGCUAACCAACUUAUCACUGCAAAGCAAUAGAUUCCAUGGAGAAAUCCCAUCUUCAUUUGGAAAACUUCCGGAGUUGGUAUAUCUAAAUAUAAGUAGUAAUAAUCUUCGAGGUGAAAUUCCAGCUUCACUACAAGGUUGUCAAAGCUUGAAAAGCAUUGAUUUGGUCUACAACAAUCUAUCAGGGGUCAUUCCUGAGGAAAUCGGUUGGAUGAAGAAUUUGACAUUGCUAGCACUCUCAGAGAACAAUCUCACAGGAUCCAUACCAUCGAAUCUGUCGAACCUGACAGAAUUGACACAACUAGAAUUGGCUGUCAACUACUUCACUGGCAGUAUCCCACCACAGCUUGGAGCACUAAGAAAGCUAGAGAUUUUUUAUUUACAUAUGAACUUCCUCACAGGACCAAUACCUGCAGCUCUAAGUAACUGCACUGCGUUACGUGAAAUAUCACUGAUUGAGAAUCUAUUAAGCGGAGAGAUCCCUUUAGAGCUUGGUUCCAAACUCCAAAACUUGGAGAAGUUCUACGCUUGGAAUAACAGGCUUUCUGGGAAAAUUCCAGUUACCCUGUCCAAUCUUUCUCAGCUGAUAUUGCUUGAUCUCAGUGUCAACAACUUAGAGGGGGAUGUUCCUCCAGAGUUGGGGAUGUUAAAGAACCUUGAGAAACUUUAUCUUCAUUCCAAUUAUCUUGGUAAUAGCUCUGGUAAUUCUUCCCUCAGUUUCUUAACAGCUCUCACUAACUGUUCAUUUCUGAAGAAACUGCACUUAGGUUCAUGUCUCUUUUCUGGGAACUUGCCAGCUUCUUUAGGUGCUCUAUCAAAAGACCUGUUUUUCUUUGAUCUUAGGAAUAACCUCAUAACAGGAAACAUACCAGAGAGUAUUGGAAACCUAAGCAACCUAGUUAACUUAAACCUUUCAUAUAACUUCUUGGCUGGACCAGUUCCUGCUUCCCUUGGAAGGCUUGGGCAGUUGCAAAGAUUAAGCUUGUACAGAAACAGAAUUUCUGGGCCAAUUCCAGAUGAGAUGGGGCAGAUGGCCAACCUUGGAUUACUGGAUCUUGGUGCUAACUUAAUCAGCGGAUCAAUCCCACCCUCUCUGGGUAAUCUCUCACAGUUGAGAUAUCUCUACUUCUCACAAAACAGUCUAUCAGGAAAAUUCCCAAUUGAGCUCACUCAGUGUUCUCUUCUUAUGCUGCUUGAUUUAUCUUACAACAACUUGAAUGGUCCUAUUCCUGUAGUGAUCGACCGGCUUUCAAAAUUAGCUCUCUCACUUAUUUUGUCAAACAACAAUUUUGAAGGACAAAUACCAGAAACUAUCGGAAAGCUGACAUCUGUACAGGCAAUUGACUUUUCUAAGAACAAGUUUUCUGGUGCCAUACCCACUCCAAUUGGAGGCUGCAUUUCUCUGGUGUAUCUGAACUUGUCUCACAACAGGCUUGAAGGUCCUAUUCCAAGGCCGCUGAAACUAAUUACACAUCUUGAAGUUUUGGACUUGGCUCAUAAUCAGUUAAACGGCACUAUUCCCAUCUGGAUAGGUGAUGAACAAGUGAUCAAGAAUCUUAAUCUAUCCUAUAACAGAUUAUCAGGAGAAGUUCCAACUACUGGAACGUUGACCAAUUACAAUAGGAGUUCAUUCCUGGGGAAUGUGGGGUUGUGUGGUGGCUCUGCGAUUAUGGGAUUUCCUCCAUGUGAAGUUCAGAAACAAACACACAAUAUAAGGAAAGGGGUAUUGUAUGCAGUCGUAGCAAUUGGAGCAAGUUGUGUGCUUUUUCUUUUGGCUGCCGUUUUUGUUUUCUGCUUCUUCAGAAAGAAGGAUGAGAAACCAGAUGAAACAAUGGUUACAUCAGUCUCGGGUCAUGGACCUCGGGCUUAUACUCAAAGGGAACUUGAAAUUGCAACAGUUGGGUUCAACGAGGCCUGUCUCCUUGGUACAGGCAGCUUUGGAUCAGUCUAUAAGGCAGACAUAGAUGAUGGAAAAACUACGAUCGCAGUGAAGGUUUUGCGUGGAGACAUUAGUCAGAGUUACAAACUCUUAAAGAGGGAGUGCCAAAUACUGUCUGGAAUUAAGCACAGAAAUCUGGUUGGAUUGCUAGGAUCAAUCUGGACUUCGCAGUUCCAAGCUCUUCUUCUCGAGUUUAUACCCAAUGGGAACUUGGAUCAGCAUCUUUAUCCUGGUGGGUUGGAGGAAGAAGGCUGUAAGUUAACACUGAGGGAAAGAAUGUCAAUCGCUAUAGAUAUCGCUAAUGGCCUGGAGUAUCUUCAAGAGGGUUGUCCAGUUCAAAUUGUACAUUGUGAUCUGAAACCGCAAAACGUGCUUCUUGACAAUGAUAUGGUAGCUCACGUAGCAGAUUUUGGAGUUGGAAAGCUCGUUUCAGCUGACAAACCAAAAGGAUAUGUUAGCACAACUGGUUUUUUACGAGGAUCAAUUGGUUAUAUUCCCCCAGAAUAUGGACAAGGGAUUGAGGUAUCAGCCAAAGGGGAUAUAUAUAGCUUUGGUGUUAUGCUCCUUGAGAUGGUUACAAGAAAGAGACCCACAAGUAACAUGUUCACAGAUGGACUUGAUCUAAGGCAAUGGGUAAGAUACGCAUUACCAGACCACAUUUUGGAUGUCGUUGAUAUCACACUAAAGCAGGAGGCAAAUUUAGGAGGCCAAAAUGACACAGUUGGUAGUCUACAUAGGCUUGAGCAAUGCUGUAUACAAAUGCUAGAUUUAGCAAUGAUUUGCACAGAUGAUAACCCACAAAAUCGACCGACUGCAUCUUCUGUUGUACAAAUGUUGGUGAAUAUUUGGAAAAAAAUGGGGUUCAAAGCUUUGUCCGUGUGCUUUUUUUGGUAAUGUAAUUGUAUGUAUUGAUGUCUACUAGUUUGUAAAUGACUAUGACAGUGUUUGGAAUGGAACAUUUUUAUAUGUAGAGA